CAGCAGCAAUGGGAGGCCAUACAGCACCCUAUGACAAAAUGGAACCCACCAGCAGUGUGAGGAGACCUGAAAGUGGCACAUGGCAGAGUGUGUGGCGAUGGAGACAGCAGCAAUGGGAGGCCGUACAGGGACCCAUGACACACUCUGGACCUGGCAGCAGCAUGAGGAGGCGGUACAGGGGCCCAUGACAGAUUACGGGCCUGGCAGCAGCAUGAGCAGCAUGAGGAGUUGGUACAGGGGCCCAUGGCAGAGUGGCGGAGCGUAAGCAGCUAAAAUUGAAGGCCAUACAGAAGCCUAUGUUAAAAAGUCCCCCCAGCAGCAGCGUGGGGAGACGACUAUCAAGAGUCCAAUGGCAGAGUGGCGGAGCAGAAGCAGCUUCAAUUGAAGGCCAUACACAGGCCUAG